CAGCCCUGCUAUAUUUAAGAUCAGGCCGGCUCCAGAUCACAUUCUUCUCCCAGUCCUUGCUGAGCCGAGGGGAAGAAGAGACCAAAAACCCUCUCACCCUCACGAAUUUUCUCCCCAGAGACUCCUAAGUGGACGCAGCUGCUUCUGUUGUCGCCCUCGCAGCCAUGACUCUGCCCCACAGCCUGGAAAGCGUGGGGGGGACCCAGCCCCCCCAGGCCGUGCAGGUGCACAGGCUGGAACACCGGCAGGAGGAGGAGCACAGGGAGGAGCGACAGCACAGCCUGCACAUGGGCUCCUCCGUGAGCAAGAGGACCUUCCGCAGCAGUGAGGAAGAGCAUCAGUUCAGCGCUGCCGACUACGCCCUGGCCGCUGCCCUGGCCCUGACGGCCUCCUCAGAGGUGUCCUGGGAAGCCCAGCUGAGGCGCCAGACCUCGGCCGUGGAGCUGGAGGAGCGCGGGCAGAAGCGGGUGGGCUUCGGCAACGACUGGGAGCGCACGGAGCUGGCCUUCCUGCGGACCCGGCGGCUGCUGCGCCAGAGACGCGACUGGAAGGCGCUGAGGCUGCGGACAGAGGAGAAGGUCCGGGAGGCCCAGGAGCUGAGGGAGCUGUGCGCAGGCCGGGGACCCUGGUUCUGGAUCCCGCUCCGCUCCCACGCCGUCUGGGAGCACACCACGGUGCUGCUGACCUGUACCGUCCAGGCCUCGCCGCCACCCCAGGUCACCUGGUACAAAGAUGACGUGUGCAUCGACCCCCGACUGUUCCCCGCCGGAAAGUACCGGAUCACCAACAACUACGGGCUGCUGACCCUGGAGAUCAGGAGAGUCACCACCGAGGACUCGGCCACCUACACUGUGAUGGUGAAAAACGCCUUCGGCCGGGCUUCCUCCUUCGCCAAAGUCCUCGUCCGCACUUACCUGGGGAAGGAUGCUGGCUUCGAUUCAGAGAUCUUUAAAAAAUCGCUGUUUGGGCCCAACGUGGAAUUCACGUCGGUGCUGAGGCCCGUCUUCGCCCGUGAGAAGGAGCCUUUCUCCCUGUCCUGCUUGUUUUCGGAGGACAUGUUAGACGCGGAGCAGAACAUCCAGUGGUUCCGAGAUGGUAGGCUACUGAGGUCCUCGGGACGUCGGCAGAUGCUCUACGCGGACCGUAAGGCAUCCCUGAAGGUGUCCUGUGCCUAUAAGGAGGACGAGGGACUCUACACAAUCAGGGUGCCCUCACCCUUUGGUCCCAGGGAGCAGAGCACCUACGUUUUCGUGAGAGAUGCUGCAGCCGAGAACCCAGGGGCCCCAGGCUCCCCGUUGAAUGUCCAGUGCCUGCACGUGAACAGAGACGGCCUCAUCCUGACCUGGACCCCGCCCAGCGACACCCGGGGCAGCCCCAUCACGGGCUACUCCAUCGAGAGGUGCCAGGGUGACUCCAGUGAAUGGGUGCCCUGCCACGAGGCCCCCGGGGGGACCUGUCGGUGCCCAAUCCAAGGCCUCGUGGAAGGCCAGAGCUAUCGGUUCCGGGUGAGAGCCAUCAGCAGGGCGGGCAGCAGCCUCCCCUCCAAGGCCUCGGAAGUGGUCGUCAUGGACGACUAUGACGCAGCUGGGAGGAAGAUGGAGAUCCCCUUUGACCUGGGCAGCAAGAUCACGGUCAGCAUGGAUGACUUUGAAGAUGCUGUGACCAUUCCUUCACCCCCGACCAACGUCCACGCCAGCGAGAUCCGAGAGGCCUACGUGGUUCUGGGCUGGGAUGAGCCGCGCCCCCGGGGCAAAGCCCCGCUGCAGUACUCCCUGGAGAAGUCGGUCAUAGGGAGUGGCACCUGGGAGGCCAUCAGGUCAGAAACCCCUGUCAAGUCCCCGAGGUUCGCCCUUCUCGACCUGGAGAAAGGCAAGUCCUAUGUCUUCAGAGUGCGGGCGAUGAACCAGUACGGCAUGAGCGACCCCUCGGAGCCCAGCGAGCCCAUCGCCCUGCGGGGCAAGCCAGCUACUCUCCCUCCCCCAGCUAAAGUUCAAGCCCUCCGAGACACGCAGACCUCUGUCUCCCUGGUCUGGGAUCCUGUGGACGGGGGCCCAGAGCUCCUGGGUUAUUACAUCUACUCCCGGGAGGUGGGGUCAUCUGAGUGGCAAACAGUUAACAACAAACCCAUCCAGGACAGCAGGUUUACAGUUCCCGGGCUGAGGACGGGGAGGGAGUACGAGUUCUGCAUCAGGUCGGUCAGCGAGGCAGGCGUGGGCGAGAGCUCGGCCUCCACUGGACCCAUCAGGGUGAAGCAGGCACUGGCUACCCCGUCGGCCCCGUAUGAUUUCGCCCUCCUGAGUUGUGGGAAGAAUGAGAUGGUCAUCGGGUGGAAACCCCCCAAGCGUCGCGGAGGCGGCAAGAUCCUGGGCUACUUCCUGGACCAGCACGACUCAGAGGAGCUGGACUGGCACCCGGUCAACCAGCAGCCCCUCCCAGGCCGGGUCUGCAAGGUCAGUAAUCUUCGAGAAGGUCACUUCUACGAGUUCCGUGGCCGGGCGGCCAACUGGGCAGGUGUUGGCGAGCUGUCGGCGCCCAGUAGCCUGUUCGAGUGCAAAGAGUGGACGAUGCCCCAGCCAGGCCCCCCGUAUGAUGUGCGGGUGUCUGAGGUGCGGGCCUCCUGCCUCAUGCUGCAGUGGGAGCCCCCGCUGUACACGGGGGCUGGGCCAGUCACAGGCUACCGCAUCAGUGUCCAGGAAGAAGGCUUUGAGGAAUGGAUACCAGUCACUGCAGACCCCAUCCCUGGCACCCACUUCAGGGUGUGUGACUUGAAGCCAGGAAAGAGGUACAUGUUCCAAGUACAGGCCAUAAACUCAGCUGGCCUUGGGCAACCAUCAAUGCCUACUGACCCUGUUCUCCUCGAGGACAAGCCAGAUGCCCGGGAGAUCGAGGUCGGCGUGGAUGAAGAGGGCCAAAUCUACUUGGCUUUCGAAGCCCCAGAGGCCCCCGACUCCUCGGAGUUUCAAUGGUCCAAAGACUACAAGGGUCCACCAGACCCCCAGAGGGUGGAGAUCAAGGAUGAAGUCAACAGGUCCAAGGUCAUCCUGAAAGAACCUGGCCUUGAGGAUUUGGGCACCUACUCAGUGGUAGUCACUGAUGCCGAUGAAGACAUCUCUGCAAGCCACACAUUGACGGAGGAAGAGCUGAACAGGCUGAAGAAGUUGAGUCAUGAGAUCAGAAACCCAGUGAUCAGGCUGAUCUCCGGCUGGAACAUCGACAUCCUGGAGCAGGGAGAGGUGCGCCUCUGGCUGGAGGUGGAAAAGCUGUCCCCAGCCGCUGAGCUGCACCUCAUCUUCAACCAGAAGGAGAUCUUCAGCUCACCGAACCGCAAAAUCAACUUCGACCGAGAGAAGGGGCUGGUGGAGGUGAUCAUCCUUCACCUGUCGGAGGAGGAUAAGGGGUCGUACACCGCUCAGCUCCAAGACGGAAAAGCUAAGAACCAGAUCACCCUGGCCCUGGUGGACGACGAUUUUGACAAACUUCUGAGGAAGGCAGAGGCUAAGAGAAGAGACUGGAAGAGAAAACAAGGUCCCUAUUUCCAGGAUCCCUUGCAGUGGAAGAUCACCGAGGACUGCCAAGUGCUGCUAACGUGCAAGGUGACCAACACCAAGAAGGAGACUCGCUUCCAGUGGUUCUUCAAGAAAAGGGAGACGCCAGCCGGUCAGUACGACCCUCAGACAGGAGAAGGAUGUAUCCUCAUUGAAGAGUUGUCCAAAGAGGACCAGGGAAUUUACAGAGCAGUGGUCUCUGAUGAGCGAGGGGAAGAUAACACCAUGCUGGACCUCGAAGGUGAAGCCCUGGAUGCCAUCUUCACUGAGCUGGGCAGGAUCGGAGCCCUCUCUGCGACCCCACUGAAAAUCCAGGGAACCGAGGAGGGGAUCCGCAUCUUCAGCAAGGUCAAGUACUUCAACGUGGACUACAUGAAAACCACCUGGUUCCACAAAGACAAGCGCCUGGAGACUGGCGAUCGGAUACGGGCGGGCACCACUCUGGAUGAGAUCUGGCUCCACAUCCUGGACCCCAAAGACUCGGACAAGGGCAAAUACAGCCUGGAAAUAGCCGCGGGAAAGGAAGUCCGGCAGCUCUCCGUGGACCUCUCGGGGCAAGCUUUUGACGACGCCUUGGCUGAACACCAGAGACUGAAAGCCUUGGCCAUCAUCGAGAAGAAUCGAGCCAAAGUGGUGAGGGGCCUGCCGGACGUGGCCACCAUCAUGGAAGAUAAGACCCUGUGCCUGACCUGUGUCAUCUCAGGAGACCCAGCUCCUGAAAUCGCUUGGCUAAAGAAUGACCAGCCUGUCGCCUUCCUCGACCGCUACCACAUGGAGGUAAAGGGGACCGAGGUCACCAUCACCAUUGAGAAGGUCAACAGUGAGGACAGCGGGCGCUAUGGCGUCUUUGUCAAGAACAAGUACGGCUCUGAGACAGGCCAGGUCACCAUCAGCGUGUUCAAACACGGGGACGAGCCCAAGGAGCUCAAGAAGAUGUGAUGAGCAUGUUCCGGGCACAGCCUGAGAUCCAGCCUGCAUGGACCAGUAGGGCCAACCAGUGGGUCACAGCCUGGCGCAGGCCACAGGAGCGGGCAGAGGGAAGGGUCAGGGUGGAACCAAGAACAUGGGGAUGGGGGUAGUGUGGACACACCAAAGGGGAGAAGCAAAGGUCUCAGUAGGGUUUUUGAGAGAUCUCCAACAUGGCAGGGCGAGCGCUGGACUGGGA